CUUCUAAAUCACACAAUACAUAUUUAUGUACGUACCAUACAUAUUCACACGUACCUAUCGAGUACAUAAACCCAAUAUCUCCUCUGGGUGAUUGGCAUAUGUCUACUUUUCACAAAUAGCACUGACAUCAUUUCACGUAGACACGUAGCCGCUCAGUAAAUGCAGUUUCAAUCACUAUUAUGUCUUUCUCCGUAGCGCUCAGUAGUUUGAGGCGACUCACCAGCACCGCUACACACACCCGAUCGCUAGUGUUGACUCCUACGUAUAUAGCAAAGUCGAUGAAUUCAGUAUUUAAUUCAUUUGGCUUGAGGCCUCAGCUGCCAAUGUUUGCGAGGAUCCGUUCCGCAAACAAUCUGUCGGUCCGUACUAUUAGAUCGACAUCUGCCACAGUGAAACCAUACGCUUGUGAGUGGCCCAACUGUGGUCAGACAUGUGCCAGUCCUUCUGCAUUGAAGAGGCAUAUGCGUGUGCACACAGGCGAACGUCCCUAUGCGUGUGACUAUCCUUGGUGUGGCAAAGAGUUUACUACAAGUGGUAGUUUGAAUAGACACAAACUAGUGCACACGGGCGAACGUCCGUAUGCGUGCGACUAUCCUGGUUGUGGCAAAGAGUAUAAUCAAAUAUGUCAUUUGAAACUACACGAACGCGUACACACGGGCGAACGUCCCUAUGUGUGUGACUUUCCUGGAUGUGGCAAGAAGUUCAUUCGAAAUGAUCGUUUGAUAGUACACAAACGCGUGCACACAGGCGAACGUCCUUAUGCGUGUGACUAUCCUGGUUGUGACAAAGACUUUGCUCGAAGUGAUGUUUUGAAAACACACAAACGCGUGCACUCGGGCGAACGUCGUCCCUAUGUGCAUGACUAGUUGCAACGUUCAAACGAUCCUUUCAUCUACGUCACCAUAAAGACGUGUUCACAAUGGCAAACACGGCGCAACCAUUUAAACAUUAGGGUUUUAGGGUUUUUAUGGCUCGCAUAGGGUAAGUGUGCUGGCCAAACUUGAAAGAAAUAAAAAGCCCGAAGGGCUUUUUAUUAAGCCUAUUGGCGCCGCAGGCGCCUAUUGGCGACAUCUCCGGCUUAUUAAACAUACAAUAAAGC